GUCAACUUCCGGCCAGAGAGACAACGGUUUGUUUGCAGAAAAUGGCAUCUUUUGUGCUUAAAGUUUUAGCAAUUACAUUGGGGGUGUUCUUUAUACUUAUAGGACUUCUCAAACUUUCCCCGGCAAUUAGUUCUGAGCUAUACAAAGAAAUGAGAAAGCAGUACAUCAGGAUGGCUAAAGUGUUUCCUUUAGUAGCCUUCACUGGGUGGAAGCCAAACGCUCAUAUAUACCGCAAGAUAAUAGCUUCUAUUGAAGUUACCUGUGGAGCUGUACUCAUAAUCAUUCCAGGACCGUUGAAGACUAUUGCCAAUAUAAUGAUGAUUCUGGUGAUGGUGAACGAUGUUGUUGCCCAUGCACAAAUCAAGCACGGGUACCAAAGAAUGUCGCUUCCCAUCGUGUUCAUUCUUCUGCUCUCCUGUAGACUUCUCAUAUACUACCAGGAGAUACGCAGAGAGCGGGAAGGAAAAAAAUCAAAACAGGAAAAUGUUGGUCAAGAAAACAGUCAGGAGCAGACAGUGGGCAAUAGUGAACAAAGGGAGGAAACCAUGCCUCAGGAAUCUAAAAAGACCAAGUAGAGUUAUCUUAGGUUGAUGUGUGUUUUAUACAUAUUUUGAUGUUAAAGAGUCAGGAUUUUUAUAGCUUAUAAGUUAUUUGUUUUCCAAAGAAAUAAGAUGAGGUAUGGUCAUAGCUGUGAUGUCGGAGUCAUUGUGGGAAUGAGUGCAAUUUUUUUUAAUGUUGAUCAUUAUUUAAACAAUUCACAUGCAACUUGGUUCACAUGCUUUAUAAAGGCAAUGGAUAUACAGUUUAUGCAUAUGUUUAUUCAGUUCUAUCACACUUGCUAAGAUAUGGUUGGAUUUAUGCACCAUAGCCAUACUGAUAAUUUAAAACAGAUCAACGUUUGCAAGCACUUGUAGUACUCUUGUUUGAUGGACUUGAAGUGUCUCUCAGCGUUUCUUUUCUGAUGGG